GGCUGGUGCUGACAACUAGUUUGCCUCAAAAACUGCUGUGGUCAAGAAAGACGUUGCUCUUCUAUAUUCCCAUGAAGCCUCUCACUUCUAUUUUUGCUUUGGAUUGACAUUGAUGUGAAGAGAAACUAAAUUGGGCCUCCGAAAGCGCCUUGCACUCCUCGCACUUCCGUCUGUAGAGACUCACGUCCGAAUGCAAGUAUGGAAAAUCUACGCUUCCGACGCGAUUCAAUAGGCGACAGGUGCAGCCCUCGCGCACCAUCCGGGGACGCUGCCACCUAUCCGCAAGCUCGGUCCACCUUCGACUAGGCAGAGAUCCAUCCAUGGAAGUGGCCGCGCGAAAAAAACGUGAAAACUCGAGCUGAUAACAUGUUCGCAAUUUACUAGUGGGCAAGUGCAUGUUGCACAACUGGAUCUGGAAGAACUCCCAGCAAAGGUGAAGAUUCUCUUUACGUGUAUUCUUGUUCUUCUACCCAUCAUCGAACCCCCGCCAUCACGUGCAAAAAGCAGAUCUUGGCGCCAGGAUGUCUACGCCAAAGAUUCUGUCGGUCCAGGGGUUGGAUCCAACUUGGGAGGUACCAGCGCAACCCAGUAGGAACUCAUCUGACUACGAAAAUAUGCUAGAGGCAACGCCAUCGGCAAGUUCCACGCGGCCACUUUUUGGCGCACAAUUGGCCAAGAGGAUCCAGAGUUUUAGAAAGCGAAAUACUAAUAUAGGUCUGCCGCAAGGUCGGAGUGAAAGCCAGCAACAAGGGCCUGAGGACGCAUGUGUCCAGAGGUCCUCGUGCUUAUCCGUGUGUACUGUAAACGAAGUAGGGACGAAGAGUCCCAAUGUUGGCGGUGGUCAAACCCGUGGUGGCAGUUGUAACAAAGUUUCUUCGAUAGAGACUGACCACGCUAUGAAGCCCGAUGAAGACCCAUCUCCUACAAUGGCUGGACAGCUUCUUCGGAAACGCAGGCCUAGUGAAAGCCAAGGUGCUUCUCCUUCGGGCAGAGGGCGCCAUCAGGGUGACCACGACCUCGCUGGUGAACUUUUCCUGUAUGCGGUAGACGGUGUUUGGCGUUCUUUUCUGCUUCUCCGCGUUGUCCGUGUUUGGUACGCACGAACGCGUCGAGAAUUGGACUACAAGAAGCAGGGGAAGCUAGUUGCUAGGCGCUGGGCAGAUCGGCGACAGGAUCAGCUUUUCCGUCUGUGGCGGGAACAGGCUUUAGCGACACGACGCCGAAGGCAGGGUCUCGCGCGCAUGCGGCGACGGACCAAGGAACGCAAUCUGGAACUCUUACGUCACAUUUAUGACGCCUUCAGCGUUUACUCAAAGCGGCGACGGUUUCUCACCGACGCGGCUUGCUUUCUGCGCGCAGUGCGGCGUGGAAAGGAGUGCAGAAGCGCCUUCGAGGAGUGGCGCGACCUCGCAGCGGCAGUGCGAUUUUGCGAGCUACGAAAGUUUCAGUCUGCGAUCUCUCGCUGGCGCGUGUUUGCGCAGGACGAGGCGCAGUGGUCCAGAGUUAGGAUCAAGGCGCGGCAGCUUUCGGUUCGAGUCCAGACGCGAUAUGUGCUCGAGUUCUGGCGCCAGGCCAUGGGAGUGGCUAGAGUGCGUCGCGAGAAAUGCGAAGGCUUGCUGCGUGUGAGGGACGCGAAACGCGUCUCGCUGAUGGCCUGGACAGCCUGGCAGAGCGCAAGAAUAGAAAUCUACCAUCGUUGGCUCAGACCACGACGCCACUAUGUUAGAAAACUAAUGGCAAAGGUACUGAUGCUUCAGCGAUUUUGUCACUUCGGUAUGAUCAUCUAGCAAUCCUGUCUAGCACAUGAACAGAUUUCCGAGUAUUCUUUUUUGAGAAGAUGCUCAAUUAUUUUACCUUCGGGUACGGAUACGAAACCUGCCUCUUUGUUUUGCUCAAUGAAACGUCAUGAAUUCCAGAUCCUGUUCGUGCUGAAGUUUCGUGUGAUUCGCCGCGAAAAGCUUCUGACAAUUGCGGAUGAGGUAGUGGUGCGACUUCGAGAGCGCAGGCUGCGUGCUGCAUUACCCUGUUGGCAUCUCAACAUUCGUCGGCGCGUCGACUGGGGUGCGUCAGUAGCCGACAAGUCGCGUAGGUUUGCUCGAGAGCAGAGGAGGCCAAACUUGUUGCGGCGGACUUUGCGAUCGUGGCGAGAACGAGUGGUGCGAUUGCGUCAUUUUGAAUCGCAACUAGACCUUCACGGGCGAGAGAAUGUGCUCCGGCCAGUGUUCCGCGCCCUAACGUCGCAGUUUUUGCCGCAAAGCAAGGCUGAGAGCUCCGCGGCUCUCCUAAAAGCGUCGCAGUUCUUCUUGAACAGGCGUUUUCGUACGGCUUUUUUCCACGGUUGGCGAGCGGGUGCGCGGCUGAGUCGACGAGACCAUCGUCGGCUGCGACGUGCGCUGGCGUUCUGGUACCAGACGCUCCUUGGCCGCUGCUUUCGCAAAGGGUGGCGCGUCUUCACGGAACGCAAACGCGCAAAGCGGAUACGCGAAGCACAAGCGCUCAGUUUAUUUCGGGAUCAGACGCGGAAAAUAGCCGUGCGGUCGUUACUUUCUGCCAUCGUUCAGAGAGCAGAAGCGGAAAGAGAGGCGCUCCGAGAUUGUUUCGAAAACUUGUACGAGGAGAAGGAACGUGUCGCGCGAAAUUCCGCGGACGCAUUCCUAGCACGCUCAAAAAGGCGGUCCAAGACGAAAAUCAAGGCCCGUGGAGGAACUAUAAUUAGCAGCGCAAAUACAUUCACAUUACUUGAUCUUGACGACCUACAAUUACUACAAGCCGCAGAGCUCAGACGAAGGACAUCUUUAAUUCUCUAGAUCGCGUCAGAGAAAACCAGACCUACAACUCCACAUGGGCAAGCGACAGAAAACAUGAUGAGGAUGGACAUCUAGAAGCGUCUGCCGUGGGGCAGCGCGCAGAGAGCACGAGAACUGCGGUCAAGGUUGAUGAUCCUCGUGCUCGAAACUUUAGCCAUGACUUCAGCCUGAAGCGUACAGGAACCACAAGUGUGGUAAAUGAACACACAGGCGGCCUUCAUGCUGGAGGUAUAAAUGUUGUCCGUGGCAUUUUUACAGCGAUGGUGGAUGAUAACGACCUUUGCUGCUGAGAAGAGUACAACUCCAUGUAAUGAGUCCGAAAUAGCAUCGUCUUCAUAGAUAGAGAU